CCCUGGAAAAGCACCGCACAGGCCGGCGGGGAAGCAUGCAGGGCCACCGCAAAUACUCUGAUGGCUUCAGUGACACAUCCAGCAGUGGCAGUUUUAUGGACGAGACGGACAGGGAAGUUAGCAACCUCACUGACCGUGCUUUCAGGAGCCUGUGCAUUGGAGAGGAGGCCAUUUACAAUGACUCCGAGUUCUCUUCUUCUCCUACAGAACGGCAUAAAGCUUUUGCAGAGAAGACCAAGCAGAGGACAACUUUACAGAGGUCCUCCCAGGAGACAUUUUCAUACAGUGUUCAACAUUAUGAAGAAUCUGAGAUGACCUCGACAUUCCAGCAUUCCUAUGUGGAUGUAAACCAUCAGGAGCAGGCUUUAAGAGAUGUAAGCUUGUCUUACAAUAACAAUGGCUCCAAAGAGAUGACAUGGCAGCAGGGCAGGAGUGCAUCAAGAGUGUCAUCUCUAAUCAAAGCCUUUAGUUCAGGGGAGUGUUACCAGGACAGCGGGACAGGUGAUGUUAUUCUGGCAAAGGACAAGUAUAGAGACUUUGGGAAUGAAUCAUGGAACAAAUCAGCUCUGCUGAGCAUCCAGAGGGAACUCUCAGAGUUCUCUGCAGGAUACCAUCAAAAUUUUAAAUCAGGCCCCUUUCAGUCAUACAAAAACCAUUUUUUCUCAUCCGAUGUGGCCCAGAUGGACACAACGAUCCUGAUGAAACCUUCAAUAAGUAAGUUCAAGGCAAUGAACUCCAAAAACUGUUUUUUCCACAGUGAGUUCAGUCCUUUUCAGCUAUGGGAGGAAUACAACAGGUUCCCAUUUGAAAAGACAGAAGUGUCAGGGUUUAUGUCAUCUAGUGAAUUCCCAAGGUGGUAUGAUUCCCCUAUGUACAAAGAGCUGAAAGACACCCACACAAUUUCAAACUCUCCAUUUGAAAGCAGGAGCUUCAAUCAAAGGCAAAUUCAAGAUUUUGUCCCGAGUCAGCGCUCCAGGUCCACAGUCAUCCAAAAAGCUUCUGCAAUUGAGAAGAGGUGUGACUCAGAAAUGGCUUCAAACUGUCCACCUUGGAAGAAAAAUAAUAGCUUUGUAAGGAACAAACUUCCAAGCAACCGGCCCUCCACGGUCUCACCAACUAAUGAGAAAAAAUGUAGGCCAGAUUCUAGCUUGUUUAGCUAUAGCAAAGUUACACAUGAUGUUCAACGCAAAGUGGUCAACAGCACCCUGCCUAGCAGUAUUACACCAUUCAACAUCACUAAGCUCCUAACCCCCAUAAUUCACACUAGACAAGAAACAGAAACGUCUGAAAUCCUGCAGUUUGCACACACUCCCUCUAUUUCAGAUUAUUGUUCUCAGGGUGAAACUGAUCCUAAACCUCUGACUGACGCCAAACAUCUGAGUGCCAGCUACAAAACAAGAGCUUCACAUUUGCUAUUCAAUCUCAAAGACAACAGAAAAAGAGUCAAGAGCACAUAUAGUCCCACAAGAUUUAAAGGAUUAGAUAUAACAGAUCGACAUAAACAGACCUCAAAGUUGGAGGGACGUGAAUCCAGAUUUUCAGAUAUUCUUGUAUCCCAGGAAACUCCUCAGGAGAAUUUUGUAGAAACGGACAUACGGGUCUCAUGUAACCGAACUCAAGAGCUCAAUGUAGCCCCCGUCACCCCUAAAAAUAAUGCUGAUGCCAUUGGAUCAUAUGAUAAUUUGACAUUGACCUCACCUCAAAUUCAAGAUGGGGCCUUUCAUUACAAGUCCUUCUGUGGAAGUUCAGACGGUCUGCUGGCUUAUACAAAAAGUACACAGUAUGAGCCCUCAUCCUACAGUCUUUCAACACAGAACAAAAGCUCAGUGAAUUUAGAAGGUCAAUUAAAAGACCUGAACAGCACUUUUAGUCCCACUACUAGGCCAGAAAUAGCAAGCAUGCUUCCAAAGUCUCAUCCACCAACACAAUCUCUGCCUGCUCAGACAUUAGAGCAACAUAGAUAUGGUUUGAGUGAUAAUGCAAGUCAAAAUGAUCUACAACAAAAAAAGGACUUUGGAAGAAAAACAUAUUUUGAAUACAGCCAAAAUGAGGUUGUUAAAGAAAGAUGUCCUUGGGACCAGACUGGUUCUGUAAAUUCAGCAGACAGGGAAACGUCAACUAAUAAUGGCAGAUCGGAAGCACGGCCAUUUAGGGGAGAAAUAGCAGCGCUGAUCGAGAUGGACAAACAGAGAAAGGCCACCGCCAAGCAAUACUUGCCCACUGCCAAUGAUAGCUUUUCAGUUCAAAAGGAGACAUAUAUGCGAAAAGUGAAUGAUGACAUAAAACUUGGUCGACGUGCAAAGGACGAAGAGAAAGUUGUUAGGGAAGACACAAUAUCCAGGAAAAAUUCUUACCAUGAUAAGCCUUUACAUGAUAACCCAUUAAACAAAUCUGCAAAACCUAUUGAUCCAUAUGGUAUUCCAAAAAACAUCCACCAGUACAAAAUAUCAUCUCCCCCAAUGGAAGUUAAUGUGUAUGGUGGUUUACAAAGCUGCACUGCCAAGAAUGAUCUUGAAAAAGAGAUACUGGCUUCAGAAAGAAGUCCAGAGCAAUAUGUCAACAGUAUAAAAAUAUCUGAUCAGAGCACUCUAUAUGCACCUUUAUUUGAGAAUAAAUGCCAAAAGAAUGAAGGAUUGUUAUCUUAUCAGCCAUAUAGAUAUGAACCAAACAAGCAGUGGCACAUGGCAUCAACAAAUGAAGAUAGACAUGUUAAGGAUAGCGUAUUGACACUAAGGCAAUCAGAGAGUUAUAAAAUAUCGAAUACACUGCCAAAUACACAGCCGAACACAUUACAUGCAACAAUGGUAAACCAAAAUGAGUUAUCCACCAAAGACGUUACACCAAAUCCUGAUUCAGUCAUACCAACCAUUGAUAACUCAGAUCAAAAUAAUCCUUGUUCACCAAAUAAAAGAGAAGACAGGUUCAGCAUUAAUGAUAUUCUUGCCAUAAGAGAUAAUGAGCAAGCAAAGAGGAUAAAGGAGAAUACGUAUGCUGGUAAUCUGGCUAAAUCAGAAAAUCCACAAAAUCAAAUUAAACAUGACAUAGCUGAGAACAAAGCAACUAUAACAGAGAUUGUAAAAGAGCAAGAACAAACAGCUAGAGGCUAUAAAAUACAGGACUCUGCAAGUCCAGCCCCUUGCUAUCUGAGAAAAGAUAAUGACAAGGUUGCAACAAGAGCAAUUUCUUGCAAGGAAAGAGGCCAAAGCAAACAAGAAAUAUUGACGUCAAAAUUGAAAGCACAUGCCCAAAAAGAAAUAUCGGCAAUUAAAGAAAAGGGACUUGCGAAACAAGGCAUUCUUGCAAGAAAUGCAACAAAACCAGGCAUAACUAUAAAUAACGAAAAAGCACAAGAUGGUCAAGAGGUUCAUUGUGUUAAGAAGGAAAUCACAGCAGAGAAACUGAAUCACUUGUUUCAAGAUAUCACUUAUUCAAGCGUAACCCAGUACAAAAACGACGUUAAAACACAGGAUGAUUAUACCAAGUAUGGAUCUCCCCCAUCAGGGAAAAAGCAGCCCACGGAAGUCCUUAAUUCUCAGGAAGAAAGUCAGACUGCAGUUUUGGAAAAUAAGAGCGAAUAUGUAAAAUCUGACAAACUUUUGGCUACAGAAAAGCAGAAUGAGUCUGUAGAGUAUGACAGAUGCCCAGAUGAUGAUAAAGAGAUAACUAAAGCAUCAUUUACUACAAGUAUUCAAGAUAGAGUGACUACAGUGAGAGAUCUGAAACAUAAAUGCAAACAUGAUGUCCAGAAAAAUAUCAAAAACUACCAGCCAACCAAAUCAAAAGAUGAACAAAUAUGUAGGACAAGCUCAGAGGAUAUACACCCAAAUGAAAAAUUUGCGAAUCAAAGUCUUUAUGUACAUGAAACGUCACCCAGUGAGAUGAUGCCAGGUAGUCAUUUGACAUCACCAUUAAAAACAGAGAACUACACCUCCCAUAAACCACCUGCACUUUGUGUUGAAAACCAAAAAGUGCAACCUGAUAAGAAGGAAAAGGCGAUCCCAAAAUACCACCCCUUUGGAAGUGCGGGGGCAAGCAGCCUGACUCAACAUGCUUACACUGGAGAAGCUCUGACUAAACCUACAGAUGUUGAUACAAUCAGAAAGGAUGAACGGCCUUCACUUACAAACACUGCGAAUCAAAAAGCUAACAGCGGUAUAAAUGAAAACUCUCAAAAGAGCACUAAUGGGCAAGAUGGACUUAUACCUUUGGGACUGGACAGAAACACACAGAGAGUUAAAGAAGUUAAUGUACAUCAUAAAAGUGGGAUUAGUGCUGUGGCGGAGCAGUCUAAAAAUGAACUUAUCAAAAAUAGUUCUAGGAUUUCAGCUAGUCAACUGACAUCCUCAUCAAGUGACAUUAAGCUUAAUAUUGGAAUUCCACCUGAUAAACUACUAACCGAAUCUGCCAAAUCAGAACUUACCUCAAAACUUAAAGCUAAUACAAUGGAAGAUGCAGAGCAGAUUAAAAAUGGAAUGUACAAACAUAAUUCUGGGGUCAAUUCAGAUGUGACACCAGUAUCAUCAACCAAAAACAUUGUCAAACACAACAAUGUAACAACAAAUGACCAGUUCUUGCAGAGAACUGAGGAGAAAGAGACACAAAAACAUUUGGUUAAUGAAGAUGGAGCAGGACUAAUAAGCAAGAACAAUACAAGAAUGGAAAAUGACUUGGCUCAGCAACAAAGCGAUACUUCUCCAGUAAAGGUUGUAGAAACUACAUCUGCAAACCAAAUGUUCGGGAAUCAGUCUGAAUCAAGACAAACUGAAUUAAUACACAUGGAAUCAGCAAAAGAAAGCUGCCAGCAAAAAGAGCUCCUUCAAGAUGAUGAAAAUACAAAACCUCUGCUCUCAGUUGGAGAGAAUGAACACCUUAGAAGCCAUCAAACUAAGUCAAGAACAAAAAACGAAUCAGAAGCGGUAUUUAACAAUCAACAUUUAAAAGAAGUAUCAAGAGAGAAAAAAAUUCUGGGAAGUGCAAGUUCAAAGCACAUACAAGCAGGAAAAGGAGGAGAUUUUAACAGAUCCUCAGAAAAAAAUCCCAAAUCCACAAAAGAUUUUCAAGAAGUGGCCUCUAAAGUCCCAGGAAGCCUGAGCAAAGCCAAAAAUGCAGAAGACGACCCACAAGAAGCAAAUGCUUCCACCCAAAAUACAGCAAUUAUGCAAGAGGGUACAACUCAAAAGUACAAUGAUGCCGUUCUUACACCUAGCAAAGAGGAGCCCGUAGUAGAGCCCAUGAUCUACAGUAUUUGUGUGUCAAGCAAAACAGAAACCGUUUCAGAUGAUGAACCUAUGAUCUUCAGUAUUUGUGUGUCAAGUAAAUGUCAUGUUGAUGAGCCACAAAAUCCAGUUAAUCAUGAGGAGGGUUCUGCUGAAACAGAGGUUUCAGCUGCGAGAUGUGUGAUAAGAUCUGAAGAAAAUGAAAGCGUUCAUGAUAAAAGUGAUCACCAUGCAAGUAUUGGUCGGAGAGAGACUGAAGUGUCUUCAAAUAAUAGGGCAGAAAAUGAACUCCCGAUAAGAAAACCUGAACCGCCGACAACAGACAAACAAGAUUGUUAUAAAGUAAGUGAUGUAGGUAGUAUCAGUUCAUCAUAUGAAGACCUUUUGGCUAAAUAUGGGCUUAGAGAUCAUGGUUAUGCCACAUCAAAACACCACAUGCAGGAUAACAGAAAAAUAAAAAACACAGAGGAAUCUGAAACACCUCUCUCACAAAAACCAAUGAAACAUGAAGUCAACAGAUCUCUGUCAACAAAUGAAAAAAGCUCAGACACACAAAUAUUUCCAAAAGACUCAAGACAAACUUCAAAUCAGCAAGCCUCCCUUAGAACAACUCAACUUCUAAAGGAAACUGCAGGCAAAACCAAGCAACAGGCUAAGCAGCAUUCUGAUUCUCCUUCAAUAACUCAUUCAGACUACAAGGUUGAAAAGCAACUGAUUACAGGAAAUGAUAGAGCAAAUCUUGGUCUUUCUACAAGUUACCCCCCUCUAGUACCAACAGAUACAGCAAAUGCUGAACAACAAGAUCAGGAUAGUAAGGAUACUGAGGCAUUUAAUAGAAGAAAUGAUGAUGUUCAGCCGAAGGAUACAACAUUUGAAGAGCAAGUGAUAAACACAGAGAUAGUGCAAAGAUUGAAGACAGAAAACAAUGCUGAUGAUGUGUCUAAUUCUAGAAUGUCAUCAAUGAAAACUGAGAAUGUGUUCCUGACAGCUAAACAACCUACUGCCACUGGUGACUCGAAAAGCACAGCAAAGACUGCAGAAGUCUUAAAGACAACCAUUUCUAAAGCAUCUGUGGCAUUGGAUGCAUUGGUCAAAACCAAACCCAAUGAAACUACAAGUACUGGGAGGACAAUACCCCAUAAUAAUCACAAGCCUCAAAAGGAGGACACUGAAGAUAAAAUGUUAAAUCAUGCAUCAGAUUCACUUUUAACACAAAAAAAUGAGAAACACAUUAGUAAAACGUGUAAAACAGAAGAUCAGAAAAUUCAGUUUGGGGCAAAACAAGAUAAUUUUACUGCAUUGGCAAAAGAAUCAGUCUCGGUUAGGGAUGGCCAAGCUCUGCAAAACCUUGGAAAGGGAGAUGUUGGGGAGAAAAAGGCACAGUCAGAGCAGGGACAAGUUGGAUUUAACACAAGUAAUGAAAUUACAGACAAGAUGAAGAUGGUUUCAAAAGAUGGCGCUGACACACAUGUUAAUAAUUAUUUGGGUAAAGUUUAUAGCAUUGGUGAGGAUGUGUGUACUGUUGUAAAACAAGGCCAGACCUCCUCUGAAGUAUCAAAAAUUCACUUAGAGGACAUAAAAGUGUCUACAAAGGAAGUGUUAUCAAACGAGGAAUACAUGGCAGACCACAAAAACCAACAUGGAGUGAUAAAGAUAGAAAGUCUGAGAGUGAAUAGAGGAGCUGUCGUGACUGCAUGUGUGGGUGAAAACUUUUCAGAGCAAAAUGAGUCACCAGCGAAAAGCCUUAUCGCUCAAAAUGAACCAGAAACCCAGGAUAAUAUGAAAGGAACAAGUGAAAUGACACCUAAACAAAAAGAUGAUAUUGGACAAGAAAUCACACCACCUCCUAAGAAGGAUAGUCCUAUGCAAACACCAAUGCUGCAAAAUAUUGGGGAAGACAGUACAAGUGAUAUAGAAAAGACAGAAGUUAAUUUAAGAGGGGGAGCAGUUUGGACACAAGAGAUAAAAGCCAUUGAUAGUAAAAGAACUGCACUGAACAGUGACAAAGGAAAAAAUAAGGACCCAGAGGUAUCAAGUCCAAGUGGACAUAAUGAUAAUGGUAAUCUGAAAGUUGACGAAAACAGAUGCAGCCUCAGAAGGAAGAAACAGAUAAAUGGUGAGGCUAUGGAGAUGCAAGCUAAUGAUCAAUAUAAUACAAACCAGUAUCAGCAAGGGAAGGGUCUUGUUCCCGAAACAAAAGGAAACGCAGAUGAACAAGGGUAUGCUCAGUUUAGUCAACAGGGCAUAGGGCGAGAGAGUAUAUUAUCCAAACCAGAGGCUACACAGAGGGGGAAGAAGGUGACUAGACCAGAAAUAUUAGCUAUAGCAGACUACGCUAGACUCAAAGUUAUCUCUGCUGAAGAAGAUGAUGCAAAAGAGAUAGAUAUCCUCCCCAAAAUGGACAUUUAUAACAGUCAUGACCUACCAGUUUUAGGAAUUCGCAAACAUUUACACAAAAAUGUGCCUUUGUUGAACACAGCAGGAGAAUCUAAAAGAGAGGUCAUUUCAAAUGAAAAGGAGAAAGGUAAAAUUCUCAAACAAAGACCUUUGCAUUUUCAAGAGAGAGGCAAAGAAUCAUUUUUAUCUCAAAAACAAAAUCACUCCAAUCCCAGCAUAAGUACUCCACAACCAAAACUAUCACUGGUAGCUUCAAGUUCUGAGGAUGAAGCAUUUGUUUUUGAGGGAUUAGGGGGCACUAAAGAUAGAGCUCUCAUAAAUCAUAAGGAAUCGAACACUAAACCAGAUUUCAUGGAGCAAAUAAACAGAGGAGGGCACCACAAAAUUUACCCAUCCAAGAAUCCCCAAGGUGCAAAUAUUUUACAAUCGCAAGCCAACGGUAAGAGUGAUUAUUUUAGAUCUAGGCAACUGUCUUGUGACAACGCAAUCGAAAAAGACAAUCUUUCUCAUUCUGGAAAACAAAACUUGCCACUGAAAUGUGUGUCUGGUACAAUGAAAACAGAAGACAACUCAAUAAAAAUGGUAUCACCAGCUGGAGAAGAAAUGGACGAACUACAAUAUUAUACUGUGAAUGCUUUUGACAGAGAUAUAAAACCAAAGGAAACAACUGAACCAUCUCCAUUAAGUCACAAAAUGACUCAAAACAAAAUCCUGUCUGAAAACUUCGAGGAAGAGAAAAAGGAAGAUAAGAGUCUAAUAGACUACAGUAAAGUUAACGCGUCAGGACCACAAUCUAACUCUUCUUCUCCAGCCAUGGGGAAACCUGCAAUGUUUAGAGUUAAGGAUAAUACCAUCAGAAAUACUUCUGUGACCAAAACUGUCAAACCAUGCUUUCACAGGUCAUUUUCUGAUGACUUCAGGAUUGGCUCCCCAAAGGAGCACUUAAGUGGCUCAGAAAAAGGAGAUGAGGAGCAUUUUCAAUAUAAAGAGUCUGCUAAUCCUCCAGUCUUACAUAAUCCAGCUAUUGCCUCCCAUCGGCUUCAUAAGUUGCGAGAGGCACCCCAAAACAGCUUGACUCUAGCAGAGUGCACAGCAAAACAAUCAAAGGGCCUUCAGAGAAGAAGUAAAAUUCUUGAAGAUGAAGAAACUCUGUCCGUCAUAAGCACAAUGUCAGAGGAUGUGGAGAACUGUGCAGGAAGCAUUGUCGAUAUGUCAGACAAGAGUGCUGCCUACAUGCCAAAGAAUGAAAGUUACAGAAACACCUACCAAAGGUCUGCAUCCGCCUGCUAUGACAGGCCAGAGUCAGCCUGUUCUGAAAGGCCAGAGUCAGCCUGUAGUGAUAUGAGACAAUUGGGUAAGCCACCAGUAGUGCCCCCAAAAUCUGAAAAGGCUCUUCGACGAGCACAAAGGCUUACAACAAGGCGUAUGAAAAAGACAGAGACCCAGACACCAGAAAAUCAAGAACAGCAAGUGCCCAAAUCCAUCCAAAAUUUCUCCAGUGUACCCUCAUCACCUUUGGACAUAGAGUCAACACCUCUAGCAGUACAAGCCACACCACCUCUUUCACAAUAUGGCAUUGAGCCAAAUUACACCACCCCUAUGCAUAGUAUGGUGGCUCAGCCUUUCCCCAUGACUCAUAGAAAGCUUCUCCAAGAUCCAAACUCAGGGCAGUACUUUAUGGUGGACAUGCCAUUAACGGUUAAGACAAAGACAUUUUAUGACCCAGAGACAGGUAAAUAUGUUCAGCUCAAUGUCCGUCAGAGGUCCCAGGUUGCUCUAACGCAGCCAGCAUCAGUGGAGAUGUUGAACGCUCCAUACGUGCUGUAUCCUGGCUUUGUGCCAAUGGCUGCCUCUUCAUUACCGGUCUUGAGGUCAUCUUCCCAAAUGUCAGCGCCAGCUACACUAACAGAAGAGCAGGAUAGGCUUAAGACAGGUAGUGAAACAUGGCGACAAAAUGUUUAUCAGCAGAAUAACAGAAGAGAUGUCCAGCAAUAUCCUGAAAUUGUGUACAGGUCGUAUGAGCAAAUUCAUGAUCCGUCUUUGUAUACCGAAAACAAUGUCGCCAAAAGUGAAAGUCACACAGAUAUCAUAACUAUGAGUGAAUUAGAGGACUUUGCAAUGGAGAGCACAUGACCCAUGCAAGCUAGUAAGUGUUUAGAUAGGUAAAUACUGUUUAUACAUAGAUCUAAAAUAAUGUGAUGGUAUAAGCUAUUUAAAUGUGACUUUGAAGUAAGAGUUCUUAAAAUUUGUAUGUUAGGCUUGCUGUUAAAUUGCAUUGCGUUUUGUAGCUGAGAUAUGGAUUGUAAACUAGAAGAACAGGACUAUUUAUUUUAAGAAAAAUUCAAGGAAAGAACUGUGAAGCAUUCCAUUUAAUUGUUAUGUUGACAUUUUUUUUGCAGUGUACUUGUUUAUAAUAUAAUAGCGACCAUGCCCUCAGAGCACACAGCAAAUUGAAGCAAACUUCUAAAGUCACUAGCAUUUUAGUUUAAGCCUAAAUGCUAAAACCACAUCUCAGACCCAGCCAGACAAAAAUAGCACCAUUAUACCAAAAUAACAUUCAAUCAUUUUUUCCCCCUCAAAUUUUGUUAAUGUUAAUGGCCCACAGUGUGCAUGAAAAUUAUACAAUAUGAAAGUGUGUCAGGUUUUACACUCAGUUUAAGGCUAAUUGCCAUAUUAAAAACUAUUUUUCCCUUGAUGUGCUUUGGCAGAUUACAAAUAAUAAAAGGGGUGGUCUUCACCUUGCCAUGGUUGUAGAUGUAUUUCUAUAAAACGAUUAACUUAUAAACAACGACUUGCAAUGUACUACUUAUACAGUCUUUCAGAAGCUCAUUACAUCAUCUGGCUAUUAAAGGAAAAUGUGAAAUCAAAGUUUGUAUGCUGGCAGCUCUUUUGUCACACAGAACUCAUUCAACAGUUAUAGGUAUUAUCUGAUGUAACAAACUUCAGAACAAAGUGUUGUUUCAUUGCUCUCUAUAAUCUAUUGCUUUGGUUCUAAUCUUGAUAUAUUUGUAGGUUUAAGUGAUUUCAGGAUCUGCACAAUAUACCACUCUAGUGGAAAAAUUGAGCAUUGCACUUUGUGCAUAGGCCAUCUCUAGUAAAUCAAUUGACUGUACAAAAGCCUCUCUAAACACAACUAUGUGUCUAUCAUUUUUAAAAACAUCUGGAUGAUAAUUAUUUUAAAAUGUAGUGCCAGUUUUACGAUUGCAACCUUUCCCCCUAUAUUCUGUGAAACUAUAGCAGUAAUUCUAGAAAUAAAUGUUACAACAGCACUGCGUGAGGAAGCCUUUGAACAUCAUUGAGCAUUUUGUCUUAUCUCUCCCAGACAAAACAAAUUUAUUGAGUUAUUGAUCUUUUAAACAUAAGUACAGGCAGCUGUGAUAACUGCACAAAUGCUGACCUUAUUAUGACCUUUGCUGCAGGCCCAUAUCUCAACAACUGAAGCACCAGAAUUUGGAUAUGACUUCUCUGACAAUGUAUCAUUAAUGCAACAAAAGAACUCAUUAACUUCAUUCAAACAGAAUUUAAAACAAAUUAUUUCUGUCAUUAUUUAGUUUAGUUUAGGGGUUUAUAAGCUUGCUUGGCCACUCUCCAGUUAAUUUGAUGUAACAAUGCCUCUCAUAAUAGAAUGAAUUACUGCUGAAAUGCAUGUAUUGGCACUGGAUAA